ACCCCUACCUCCUUCUCAGUUUCAGUGACUGGUUAGUAAUGGCAGCUACUGAGGACCCCUAAAACACUCUGGCAAAUUAAGGAGAAAUGCGUCGUUUAAAAUGGAUUAAGUAAUUAACGGGAAUGUCAACGGUCCGGUGUUGAGGUGUAACGACAGUCAGAAGAGGAUCCAGCGGCGUUUAUCUUUUCAAACCGCAGCGUCUGUCAGUCUAUCUGCGCGAAGUGUAUUUGUUGGGGUAAGAGAGACGUCGAUUAGCAUUAGAGCUGUUAGCUUCGCUGCCGCUUUCGCCUGCCGCUGCUCCUCUCGCAGCCCGAGCUUUCGCGCUCCCCCCGCCGCAUUCCCUCCCGCUCCGCCCCGCCCCGCUCUGACGCGCUGCCGAGGCUUCUGCGGCCUGCUGCUACCGCUGUGUGCCGCGGGUCAUGAAAAGCUGCUUUUGUCCGAAAAGGAAGGACGCUGUGCAUUUUACAAAUUCCUCUAUGAUGCCUGAAGUGCGGGACCUUUCAGACGCCUUGCCGGAGAUGCCCAUGGACCCGAUCACUGGCGUAGGGGUUGUAGCCUCGAGGAACAGAGCUCCCACCGGCUAUGAUGUGGUUGCACAAACCACAGAUGGGAUUGAUGCAGACUUGUGGAAAGAUGGCUUGUUCAAAUCCAAGGUGACCCGCUAUCUGUGCUUCACCAGGGCUUUCUCCAAAGAGAACAGUCAUUUAGGAAAUGUGCUUGUAGACAUGAAGCUCAUCGACAUCAAGGACACGCUGCCUGUGGGAUUCAUUCCCAUUCAGGAAACCGUGGACACACAGGAGCCGGCGUUCAGGAAGAGGAGGUUAUGUAUUAAGUUCAUCCCGAGAGACUCCACUGAAGCUGCCAUCUGCGAUAUCCGCAUCUUAGGACGCUCUAAACAGGCUCCCCCACAGUAUACAUUCAUAGGAGAGUUGAACAAUAUGGGGAUCUGGUACCGUAUGGGAAAGGUGCCGCGGGCCCAGGACUCUUCCCCUGUACAAAACAACUCCACCACCAACAACACCAAUAACAUCCAGACUGUCACCAACAACUCCACUCCAGCGCCAGUCUUGCCCAAGCACAUAUCCAUGACCCUGCCGGCAUGUUUCAGAAAAAGCACAACUAGACCAGACUUUGAACAUCAGAACUCCAACCUCUAUGCCAUCUCUGCUAUGGAUGGAGUGCCUUUCAUGAUUUCGGAGAAGUUUGCAUGCGCCUCCAGUGAUCUGCAGCAGGUGGAUCUAAUGGGCAUCAGAAUCAAAUCACUUGCAGAAAUUGAGAAGGAGUAUGAAUAUAGUUUCCGGACGGAGCACAGCGCCGCGGCCCGUCUGCCGCCCAGCCCCACCAGAACAUCUCUGGGCUCCGAGGCCUAACACGAAGACCUGAUCCGAGCAGAGACUCUGUA